AUGCUGCUCGGGUGGGCGUCCCUGCUGCUGUGCGCGCUCCGCCUGCCCCCGGUCGCGGCCGGCCCCGCCGCGGCACCUGCCCAGGAUACAGCCGGGCAGCCUCGGGCUGCCGCAGCGGCCGCCCAGCCCCGCGGGCGGCAGGGGGAGGAGGCGCAGGAGCGGGCCGAGCCUCCGGGCCACCCGCACCCCCUGGCGCCGCAGCGCAGGAGCGGCGGUCUGGUGCACAACAUCGACCAGAUCUACGCCGGCGGCGGCAAGGUGGGCUACCUCGUCUACGCGGGCGGCCGGAGGUUCCUCCUGGACCUGGAGCGCGAUGGCUCGCUGGGCGCCGCUGGCUUUGCGCCCGCGGGAAGCGGUCCGGGUGCCAGCCGGCGCCACCGGGACCACUGCUUCCACCGCGGCACCGUGGACGGCAGCCCCCGCUCCCUGGCUGUCUUUGACCUCUGCGGCGGGCUCGACGGCUUCUUCGCGGUGAAGCACGCGCGCUACACCCUGAAGCCGCUGCUGCGCGGGCCCCGGGCCGAGGCAGAGGCCGGGCGAGUGUACGGAGAUGGGUCCUCGCAGGUCCUGCACGUCUACACCCGCGAGGGCUUCAGCUUUGAGGCCGUGUCGCCGCGCGCUAGCUGCGAGACUCCCGCGUCCCCGCCAGGGCCUCGCGAGCGCCCCCCGGCGCACGGCAGCCCAGACCCACGCUGGGAGCUGGCCCCGCAGUUCCCGGACCAGACGGUUCCCUCCUCCGAGGGGACCCAGGGACCCCAGACGUGGUGGCGGCGGCGGCGCCGCUCCAUCUCCCGGGCCCGCCAGGUGGAGCUUCUCCUGGUGGCUGACGCGUCCAUGGCGCGGAUGUACGGCCGGGGCCUGCAGCACUACCUGCUGACCCUGGCCUCCAUCGCCAACAGGCUGUACAGCCACGCCAGCAUCGAGAACCACAUCCGCCUGGCCGUGGUGAAGGUGGUGGUGCUGGGUGACAAGGACAAGAGCCUGGAGGUGAGCAAGAACGCGGCCACCACGCUCAAGAACUUUUGCAAGUGGCAGCAUCAGCACAACCAGCUGGAGGAUGACCACGAGGAGCAUCACGACGCGGCCAUUCUGUUCACGCGGGAGGAUUUAUGUGGGCAUCAUUCAUGUGACACCCUGGGAAUGGCAGACGUUGGGACCAUAUGUUCCCCGGAGCGCAGCUGUGCUGUGAUUGAAGAUGAUGGCCUCCAUGCGGCUUUCACCGUGGCUCACGAAAUUGGACAUCUACUUGGCCUCUCCCAUGAUGAUUCCAAAUUCUGUGAAGAGAACUUUGGUUCCACAGAAGAUAAGCGCUUAAUGUCUUCCAUCCUAACCAGCAUCGAUGCGUCCAAACCCUGGUCCAAGUGCACUUCAGCCACCAUCACAGAAUUCCUGGAUGAUGGCCAUGGUAACUGUUUGCUAGAUGUACCACGCCAGCAGAUAUCGGGCCCUGAGGAGCUCCCCGGACAGACGUAUGAUGCCACCCAGCAGUGCAACCUGACAUUCGGGCCUGAGUACUCGGUGUGCCCUGGCAUGGACGUGUGCACUCGCCUGUGGUGUGCCGUGGUCCGCCAGGGCCAGAUGGUGUGUCUGACCAAGAAGCUGCCAGCCGUGGAAGGGACGCCAUGUGGGAAAGGGAGGAUUUGCCUGCAGGGCAAGUGUGUGGACAAGACCAAGAAAAAAUAUUAUUCAACAUCAAGCCAUGGCAACUGGGGAUCCUGGGGGCCCUGGGGCCAGUGUUCUCGCUCGUGUGGGGGAGGAGUGCAGUUUGCCUAUCGCCAUUGCAAUAACCCUGCACCCAGAAACAGUGGUCGCUACUGCACGGGGAAGAGGGCCAUCUACCGUUCCUGCAGCGUCACGCCCUGCCCACCCAACGGGAAAUCUUUCCGUCACGAACAGUGUGAGGCCAAAAAUGGAUACCAGUCUGAUGCGAAAGGAGUCAAGACAUUUGUGGAAUGGGUCCCCAAAUACGCAGGUGUCCUGCUGGGGGAUGUGUGCAAACUGACCUGCAGAGCUAAGGGGACUGGUUACUACGUGGUGUUUUCUCCAAAGGUGACGGAUGGGACAGAAUGCAGGCCGUAUAGUAACUCUGUGUGCGUCCGGGGGAAGUGUGUCCGGACUGGGUGUGACGGCAUUAUCGGCUCCAGGCUGCAGUAUGACAAGUGCGCAGUGUGCGGGGGAGACAACUCCAGUUGCACCAAGGUGGUCGGGACCUUCAAUAAAAAAAGUAAGGGUUACACUGAUGUGGUGAGGAUCCCCGAAGGGGCAACCCACAUAAAAGUCCGACAGUUCAAAGCCAAAGACCAGACUCGAUUCACUGCCUACUUAGCCCUGAAGAAGAAAAAUGGUGAGUACCUUAUCAAUGGGAAGUACAUGAUCUCCACCUCGGAAACCAUCAUCGACAUCAAUGGAACAGUCAUGAACUACAGUGGUUGGAGCCACAGGGAUGACUUCUUGCAUGGGAUGGGCUACUCAGCCACGAAGGAAAUUCUAAUAGUGCAGAUUCUUGCAACAGAUCCAACUAAAGCAUUAGAUGUCCGCUACAGUUUUUUCGUUCCCAAGAAGUCCACCCAAAAAGUAAACUCUGUCACUAGCCACGGCAGCAAUAAAGUGGGCUCACACACUCCACAGUUGCAGUGGGUGACAGGCCCAUGGCUCGCCUGUUCCAGGACCUGUGAUACGGGCUGGCACACCCGGACGGUCCAGUGCCAGGAUGCAAACCGGAAGUUAGCGAAGGGAUGCCUUCUCUCCCAGAGGCCUUCUGCGUUUAAGCAAUGUUUGCUAAAGAAAUGUUAG